AUGAGUUGCGUAGGCGACAAACGUAUAGCCUGGGGCAUACACGAAGAAGAGAAUGCGUCGUCGAUUGAGAAUAGGGCCCUGAUCCUGCUUCAGGCUGAAAACGACUACGCAAAACAAGCGACGACGCUUAUUAACCGUGCGCUCCGUCUCAUGCACCUACUCCUAAAUCACCAUGCCGCUCUGCAAUCGUUCAGCAACUCCCUCAGCGAAAUGCUGGAGAUCGCUACAACUACCCUCAAUCAGCUCCAGCAGACAGCUGGGCCCAGCUCGACUCUUAAGGAAACACCAAGGCCCCCCACAAACGCGACAUCCUCUGUUCCUCCACAGCCACACAAUGAAACACUUAAGCCCAUUGAGCAGGACAACUCGACAUUCGAUAACAAGUUGGCGAAAUUCGCAUACCGACUAAACGACAAAUUCCCGAAAGUCACUGAACAACAGCUUCUGGAAGCCCUGGGCAAGCUGCAAGCCCGGGAGAUCGACCACGUCGUCGUCAUGCUCGUGUGGAUGGCCAAGGGUUCACAACACGGCUCUAGCUACGACGAUGUCAUUGGCACCGAACAAGAUCCGAUGAUGAGAGCUUCGAAAGACGCCGACUUUGAUGUAAAGCAGUACGUAAUGAGCCGCGAAGACUACGGUUGA